AUUGAAUUUGAAUUUUUAAAAUUUUCAAUUUCAGGCUGAUGUUUGUCGUGCUUAUCAAAUUCUUCACAGUAAUGGAAUCCCUGAUGAGAACAUAAUUGUUAUGAUGUCUGAUGACAUUGCCUUCAAUCAAGAUAAUCCAACCCCUGGUGUGAUUAUCAACCACCCAGGUGGACCAAAUGUUUACAAGGGUGUUCCAAAGGAUUACACAGGAAAAAAUGUUACAGCUGACAACUUUUUGAAUAUCCUUACCGGAAACAAAACUGCCAUGAGGGGUAUAGGUAGUGGUAAAGUUAUUGAAAGUGGUCCAGAUGACUUGGUGUUUAUUAACUUUGUGGAUCAUGGUGGUGUUGGAGUCCUUUAUUUUCCAAAUGAAGAACUAUAUGCAGAUGAGUUUCUCGAGGCAAUUAACUUAAUGUCAACUAAGUCAAAAUAUUCAAAGUUAAUAAUGUAUGUUGAAGCUUGCCAUGCAGGUUCCAUAUUUGACAAUAUGCUCCCAGACACAACAAGAGUUUUUGCUCUUACUGCGGCUGAUCCACACGAAAGUUCCUAUGCCUGUUAUUACGACAAGCAGAGGGAAACAUAUUUAGGUGAUGUCUUCAGCAUCAUAUGGAUGAACGACACUGAACACGAAAGCUUGCCCAGUGAAAGCCUUCAUCAUCAGUUUGAAAAAGUCCGUACUUACACCAACACUAGUCAUGUUGAGGAAUAUGGUGAUUUGGAUAUCGGUAUAACAAAACUGAAAGAUGUUUUAGGAUUCAAAAUGAGAUUGAUGAAAUCAAUGGGUGGAUUAAAUCCAUCUUACAGUAGUACGGUUGUCAAGCCACAACAUCCUAUGGAUACUACAGAUAAUAUGGAUAUCCCCCUUGACCUUCUCGACAAGAAGAAAAGUACUACCAAAGAUCCAGAGAAAUGUAAAGCUCUUGAAUCAGAAAUUGAUGACCUAAAUAAACAAGAGGAAUCCACCGCAAAAGAGAAAAAUACAAGCCAUAUAGCAGUGAUGUUUCUCUUCGAACGCCAUUCUUCUGAAGCAGAUAGAGAAAGACUGAGGAUCUUACCGGAGGCUGAUAUUUACCAUGCUUAUCAAAUUAUCAAGAGGAACAGGAUACCUGAUGAAAAUAUAGUUGUGAUGGUGAAUGAUGAUAUUGCGUAUCAUAGCAGUAAUCCAACUCCUGGUGUCAUCAUCAACUACCCAGGAGGCCCAAAUGUUUAUGAAGGACUUCUCAAGGAUUACACUGGUGCGAUGGUGAUGUAUAUUGAAGCUUGCUUUGCUGGUUCCUUAUUUGACAAUAUGCUUCCUGAUGACAUCAAUGUAUUUGCGAUUACUGCUGCUGAUGCUAGAGAGCCAUCUGAAGGAUGUUUCAGAGACGAUGAACAGAAUACAUGGCUAAGCAAUGUCUUCAGUACCCUCUGGAUGAGUUUUGCAGAACAUGAGAGUUUCUCAGAAAAAAGUCUUCAUCAUCAUUACGAAAAGGUUCGGAGCUAUACAAACACAAGUCAUCCACAGGAGUAUGGUGAUCUGGAUGUGGGUGUAAUGAAAUUGAAAUACAUAAUUGGAGAGAGAGUAAAGACAAAAAGAAGAUUGCCACCACGUAUCACACCAUUACCAACAGAUGUGAUAAACAGUAUCGACAUUCCCCUUCAAAUUCUUGUUGAGCAAAUAAGAGCCGCUACCGAUCCUCUGAAGAAAAAACAGCUCAAAUGGGAACACAAAAGUCUCAUUGAGAGAAGGGAAUCACUUGAUAAAUUAUUCAAUGACAUAAUGGAAAAAGUGACAGAAAAUGACAAAAUAAAACUGAAUGAAUUGAGAACAUCAAAAAUGGGUUUGAACAGGGGUCACACUGCUGUAAUCAAUGGACUUCGGAAGGUAUUUCGGUUUGAAGAAUGUCAAAAAAUCAGAACCAAGGAUCGAAGAUCAUUUUCCAGCGGUGUUCGCAUCGGUGGAUCAUGUGGUGUGGAUCCUAACGGCCUAUUUCUUUUUCAUCGUAAUCGGCCAAAAAGUGAUGUUUAAGCGGAAACCAGUAAAAUUAGGGUUUAUCAUGCCACUUUACAACAUUUUGCAAGUUAUAGCCAAUUUGUUUUUGGCACAGUGGGUUGUUGAACGCUGUUCUGCAGCUUACGGAAUCUUCGGUGUGUGGAGUCACAUUUGCCAUCCGAUUGGGAAAUCUAUAAAUAAAAGAACCCAAAUAGAUCUAGUUAAACUCAUGAUGUAUUACUACUUCAACAAAGUCUCAGAUCUUAUGGACACGAUUUUCCUUAUUUUGAGGAAGAAACGAGCUCAUGUAACGUUUCUUCACUUAUUCCAUCACUCGACUAUGGUGGCCAGCUCUUGGAUAAGCAUUGCCUACUACAGAGAAAAUAUGUGCCUUAUAUUUGGGUUGAUCAACAUGGUGGUCCAUUUUUUCAUGUAUACCUAUUACUUCUUGUCAUCAUUCGGUCCAAAGAUGCAGAAAUUUCUUUUUUGGAAAAAAGUAUUGACGAUAAUGCAGUUGAUACAGUUUGUAGCAAUGGUAGCACUAUUGUUGAAAAUGAAGAUGUAUAACUGUAAUUACGAUGUAACUUUCUGGAGAAUAUGGAUCUUUAACAUUCUGUUGUUCACGGGUCUGUUUUUGAACUUUUAUAAAAGAACCUACAAGAAAAAAAGGAAAAUAAGAUAAAUCUCAAUUUAUUUACAUGGCGGAUGUUUGUUGAUGUUCAAUUAAAUGCAUUGUGACUGAAAAAUUGUUUUUAUAAAUGACAACAUUAUUAGGAAAAUGAAUUAUUGUAUUUCCAUACCCUUAUAAGUAG